AUGGCAGAAUCAACCCUGAUCCAGGAGGACCUCGCUCGCUUCGACCUGCUCACCAUCCUGAUCACAAAUGACGCCUUCAUUCGAGCUGCAAGCUCAUCCUUGCUCGCAAAACUCCUGAGAGUCUCGAAGCAGACUCGGGCCAUCCUCGAUACCGAAGAGGUACGGGAACGGUUACUAUUCCCCACUUUGGGGAUCACUCCCGAAUUCCUGUUCAAGGGUGUCGAUCCCUCCAUCGAUCGGUUGAAAGUGGCCCAAGGGCUCCUCUGUUAUGCACUUCGCCAAAAUCAGCACAGACCAACCAACUCAUCGAUGUUGGCGAAGGAGAAUGAGCUCUGGUCUGAAGUCCAUCGAGACAGGCCGUUUUUCGACCGAGUGCAACGAUACUGCCAAGUGACCGAUCCAGCGUUCCACUUCCCCGAGGACGCAAGACCAAAUGGAUCCAAGCAGCCGUCGGUCGAGGAGAUGAUAACCAUCGCUGAAGGACAAGACUUUCGCUUCAAGUGGCCCUUGGAAGGCAUGCCGAAUGUCCUGCCCUCGCUUACAAGGCUCGACCUGAGUGAAUGCAGUGAACUCAAGUCGCUCAAGGGAAUGCCUGAGAUGCCCAAGUUGGAGACCAUUCUUCUCCCACCGUCCAUUGAGUCCCUGGAAGGCAUGCCGAAAGAACUGCCCUCGCUUACAAGGCUCGAUCUGAGUGGAUGCACUGAACUCAAGUCCCUCAAGGGAAUCUCCGAGAUGCCAAAGUUGGAGACAAUUUUGCUCCCCAAGUCCACCGAGUCCCUUGGAGGCUUGCCGAGGGAACUGCCUUCGCUAAAGCUCCUCACAUCCCCAUGA